AUGCCUCCAAAACGCAAGGGCGUUGCCGAGCAUGCAAAGGUCCCAAUAGGUCGAAACAAGAUCCGCAGAGGACCAGCGGGGAAGAAGCUUGUAGAAGAGACUAUUCGCAAAAAUGUCUUAUUGUACCUCCAGAAGCUCACAGAUGAGGAGGCGACUAAUCCCGCAGGAAACAGCUUCCAAGGCAAGCUGUCGUCAGCAGUCGCGGGCGCGUUGGACCCGGUGGUAGGACCGGAAGCAGUCGCAGAUCUCUCGAGCUACGGUUUUCAAGACCUGACAGUCUUCGGCAACAGGGGAGCCGGGGAGCUGAUGGCGGGACUUCUGAGCAUCGUGGACGACGGCGGGGAACAGAGGCUCGCCCAGAUGCAGAGGAGCCUAGACGACGAGACGGACAAGAGGGUACAGGCAGAGAACGCGCUCGCCCAACUCCAGCAACUGAUCCCGAUCAGCGACGUCGGACAGCAAAACCUCGCAAGCGACCUCGAAGCCCUUGAACAGCCGGUUCAGGAUGCGGCAUGGCUGUACGACAUCCUGUGGAACGCGUGUCUGCUGUGGAUGGACGCGAGGCUGAGACAGUUGCGCUCGUAUCAAAGGCAUCUCGAGGUCAACCCAGCCGAGCCAUGGGGUGCCGACGGCCGUGCACGGAUGAUCAACGCUCGCAUGCACGGUGGAAAUCUACGCGUCGAUGCUCUCAUGGCCGCGCUCAAUUUCGGUUACUACCGGCACCACGAUGCUCAGUACGAUGGUUACAUCAGAACAGCCUUCCAGAAGAUGUAUAAACUAAGCAUAGCCGACGGACUAUGGUUAGCGAAGCAUGGUAACGAUAUUGCCAGGAAUGUUGACUGGCCUCAGGUCAUAGGCUUCAUUGACAAGUUCGUCGCUAUGUACGACUUCAUUCCUACAUCGGGGAACAGGAGGCCCCCCAACUUCAAGCAAGUCCUCACUGACCGAUUCGUGCCAUUGACCGCGCACAUCUCAAACCUCAUCGGGCAGGCAAAGGCAAACCGAGAUUGGGAAGCAGAUGCUGCAGCCAGACAGACCAUUACAACCCUUCAAGACGAUCUGUACAAUGAUUGCUCGGGCACGGGAUGGAUAAUGAAAAAUGACCCUAUGUGCCUGUGGGACAUGAUGGGAAGUUACCAACCACCUUGGCCAGAGGCGGCAUACUUGAGAGACGUGCCCACGGUGCCCAAGGUGCCCACAGUGCCCACCGUGUCCACCAUGCACCAGAGGACUGCUGGCCAGGGCGUGGCGGUAAUGAGGCUGCGACCACAGCCGAGAAUAAAGUACGCAUAA